AUUAUCAUAAUAUUGUCGCCGCUAACAACAUUACCAGCACCAAUAUUGCAAACGUUAACACCACAACUGCCAUUGCCGGUGGCAUCAAUAUAAAACCUGUUACCCCAACACCUGAUUCUUCUUCGGUUUACGAAAAUAAUGAUGUUUCUUGGCAUUUGACACGACUUGGAAAUCUGAUGAAACUACUUAUAAUCUUUUAA